ACAGUCCCGUCUUCUCGCGUACUACAAGCCACCAUGUCGAUCCCACAAUGGAAGACUGAUCUCAUCGAGCUAGCCCUGAAAGCCGAUAUCCUAGGCUUUGGUUCCUUUACACUGAAGUCUGGUCGAACAAGCCCAUAUUUCGUCAACUGUGGUCGUUUCUCGAACGGACGAUCCGCCAAAGCCAUCGCCGACGCAUAUGCUCGCACAAUCGACGACUACAGCCGCGAGAAUAAAGAAUUUGGCUUCGAUGUGAUAUUCGGGCCCGCGUACAAGGGAAUUCCAAUCGCAGCGACUACCACCUAUGCGCUGCAACUCCAAGACGAAAAACGUUGGGGGGAUGUGGGGUAUUGCUUCAAUCGUAAGGAAGCAAAAGAUCAUGGCGAAGGAGGCACGAUUGUUGGGGAGAGCAUGAAAGGCAAGCGUGUUGUGAUUAUCGAUGAUGUGAUCACAGCUGGUACUGCCAUACGGGAAGCGAUUGAUAUCAUCAAGGCGCAAGGUGGAACACUAGCAGGCAUUGUUGUAGCGAUCGAUCGACAAGAGAAGAUGCCAUCACAAAGUGAGAAGGAGGGCAAGGGUGACGAUGGCUCAGCUAGAGGCAGCGCCAUUGGUGAAGUGCGGAGAGAAACUGGGGUGCCAGUGCUCGCUGUCCUUACGCUGAAUGAUAUUGUCGAGGGUGUCAAGAAGCUGGGGAAGCACGAAGAAGUAAAUCAAAUGGAGGAGUAUAGGAGACAGUACGGCGCAAGUGAUUGAGGCGUUGCACAGUAUCACUCGAGACGUCAACCACAGACUUGUCACAUUAGCGAGGCGGAAAAUGUGCGUUCAAACAAGCCUGGCUCGAGGCCUUCCGUAGCGAACUUGCGGUACCACCACUCCUUGUCUCUGGCCAUCAUCCGUGCCCCGACGCUAUCAGCGCCAAGUGUAUCUGGGCUGCGACUCCAUGAACUGGUGGCUACGGUCAACCAGGCCAGCGCGCGUUGGCCAGAGCGGAGCACCACCGAACGUCAGCGAUUCGCAAUGGGUAUACAGACAGCUAUCCUUCCGCGAGCGGAAUGAGAUGGCUGAAAUCCGGAACACUGCCUGGAAGCGACCGGUACAAUCCAUCCUAGGCGAGAAGCUUCACCUCUUCACCUCCAUCUCCAUUUCCAGACUCCAUGCUCGCAUAUCAAAGAGGCAGUCAGCGGUGAUUGAUUUAGAGCGUAGUUUCGAAGACGAUGACCAGCUUGGCAAGACACUAACUACAACAAAAAAAUUGAACCGAG